AAUUUUUUCAUGCUUCCAAAUCCAAAUCGAUUACUUUGCUGUUCACGCCAGCUACGACAGCUUUCUCUUUUUCCUCUAUUUAGGCCCAGAUUUUCUCCCUUCUCCACUACUACUUCUCGACAAAUGCCACCAAAGAAAGCACAAGAAACUAAGAAAGCUCUUCUCGGCCGACCUGGUAACAACCUCAAGAUCGGUAUCGUAGGAGUCCCCAAUGUCGGCAAAUCAUCUUUUUUCAAUGCGCUGUCCAAUACCAGUCUUGGAUUAGCAGCUAACUACCCAUACGCAACAAUCAACCCCGAGGAAGCUCGUAUCCCCGUUCCGGACGAGCGCUUUGACUGGCUUUGCGACACUUACAAACCCGCCUCACGCAUUCCCGCUCAUUUGACUUGCAUCGAUAUUGCUGGUUUAACAGCCGGCGCGUCUACUGGUGCAGGACUCGGAAACGCCUUCCUUUCUCAUGUCCGUGCUGUAGAUGGUAUCUUCCAAGUUGUUCGUGCCUUUGACGACGCUGAAGUCAUCCACGUCGAGGGUGACGUUGACCCCUGCCGUGACAUGGACAUUAUACAAACCGAACUUCGCUUGAAGGACAUCGAGUGGGUUGAGAAGCAUCUGGAUGGUAUGAAGAAAACUACUAGGGCCCUCGGCAGCAACAGUCUUGCCGAUAAGGCAAAGAAAGAGGAAAUUGCUACCAUUGAGAAAGUUCUCAAAGUCAUUUCAGUCGAUCAGAAAGAUGUCCGCAAACAUGAAUGGACCGGUAAAGAGAUCGAUGUUGUCAACUCUCUACAGUUACUCACCGCCAAACCUGUUACUUAUCUCGUGAAUUUGAGCGAAAAAGACUACAUAAGGAAGAAAAACAAGUGGCUACCUAAAAUCAAAGCGUGGAUCGAUGCCAACAAUCCCGGUGACCCACUCAUUCCAUUCUCAGUUGCCCUCGAGGAACGUCUCGCCACAAUGUCUGAUGAAGAGAAAAUCGAAGAGCAGAAGAAAGUCGGUGCGCAAAGCGCGUUGCCCAAGAUCACGCAUGCCGGUUACGCAAGUCUAGAGCUUAUCCGUUACUUCACUUGUGGACCAGAUGAGGUCCGCGCCUGGACCAUCCGGAAGGGGACCAAAGCUCCUCAAGCUGCUGGUGUCAUUCACUCCGACUUUGAAAAUAAAUUUGUUUGCGGUGAAAUCAUGUCAUUCGCUGACCUGAAAGAACAUGGCUCCGAAGCUGCGGUGAAAGCUGCUGGCAAGCUUAGACAGCAAGGUAAACCUUAUGAGAUGAUCGAUGGAGAUAUCGCAUAUUGGAAAUCUGGUGCAUGAGAGCUUGUAUCAUAGGUAUAUGUAUAGAAAGAAAACAAAUUGUAUCAACGGAUUCAUCUCAGAACUUUGGUCUCAAAAUUCAUAAUGUUCACUGCUCAUUCUCAUCUCCAUUCGCCAUGUAUCGCAGCGGGUAGAACUCCCCGCGGUUGGUGUGGCUGAAAAUUGCCAUCCUCAAGCCACUGUAUAUCGUACAAAAUGUCAAUGUAUUCUCUAUCAACUGCCUGGUCCUUUUCUUACAACCAUUGCCUCC